AUGAACGGAGGUGACUAUCGAUCUACGGUCAGCCAGGCGGCGCUGUCGACGUCGGCCACGGAUACGCUGUCCCUAGCUCCUGGUCGGCUGGAAACCUUCACUGUGACGAUCACGCUGCCACUGGAGUCCACCUACGACGUUAACUUCGACGUUGAGACUCCGAAGCACGACACGGGUUCGGCCAACGAGACGCUUAUUAACAUCAUCGACGUAGUGCCAGUCUACACUGGAGCGAAUAUUGCCUGCCUUUUCCUGACGUUCGGAGCCACGAAGGAGUUCUACUCGGCAGAAGAGAACUCCAACAAAGACCACUUGCUGGUGAAGUUCGGAAUGGUUCAAAACACUGGUUUAGCAGCCAUGCAGGACUCGUACCUGGCAGGUGACAAUGACGUAAAGGUAGAUAUCACAGUGCAGGCUACGGACAAUCUUAUCAACAUGGACGCAGUGGCGGGCCGACUGCAGUUUGGUGUCUCUAUAGAGGCGGGCGUUGUCCACGUCAGCAUCACGUUUGGCCACACGAAGCAGUCGCGGGCCGAGAUCAUCGAUCCGUUCUUGACCGUAUUGCUGCCAAAGUACAUCACGACGCCCGUGUUUGGUGCAUGUAACUCCACCGUCACGCCCAUCGCUACUACCGAAUCCUACGGUCUCAAGAUAUCGUACUCUGGCUAUCGGAUGCUCUUCCAAGAUGUGUUCUCAUGUGACGUGAGUGUCACUUACGAGCGCUCGCUCAUGGCGUACGUGGGUAUACUGAACGGCGUGGUCUACGCCAGGAUGGGCGGCUCUAGCUUCCCUUACAGGAGCCACUUCACCAAGAUAGAGGAAGCCGGCUGGUCGCCAGGUGUCAGGUCAGGCGACUUCCAUCCCUGGAUCCAGAUCGACUUCGGACGAGAACUGCUGGUGAGCGGAUUCACGGUGACCGACAACGGCGCCUCGAAGCCGCUGACGAUCGACAUGAAGUUCGGCUACGACCUGAAAGCGUGGGCCGACGCUCUAAUGACGGCGCAGAGCGUGACCUUCACCGGCAACAGUGUAACUAUACCGCUGCCACAGAAGACGCCAGCCCGCUACGUGCGUAUCGUACUGCAGUACGACUUCUCCGCCGGCCAGACAAACCCCGUCGUGACCGUCAGCGCCAUCGGAUGCGAGGCGGAGCCGGUGAACACCGAUACCGGAUGCACUGCUGCAUUCAGCGCGGAUGCGAUGAGGAACAGCCCGGGUGUCCUGUUGUUGUUGGCUAGCAGCGGACCUCGGCAUUUUCGUCUGUAA